GUUAGGUGACAGCACACACACACACACACAGAAGGCGGCAAGCAUGGCGGACGUGGCCGGGGAAAAGCUGUCCAAAAAGUGAAGGCAGGGUUGUGAGGGCAUGAGUGUGCGGCUUCUCCAAGGUGUGUGGAGGGCGGCUGCCUCGGGGUGUGGCCGAGUGUUAGCGGGGGAUGGACGGCUCUGCCUCAACACUGCCAGGCCAUUCUCUUUCACAUACUCCAGGAGCAGUGAACUGAAAAGGAGGCAAAAAGCAGAGAAGAAGGCACAAGAGAAGGCUGAAAAGGAGGCAGCUCGAGGAGCCAAGCCCACCCCAGCAGCAGCAGCAGCCAAGCCAAAGGUGAAUGAAGAGGAUGUCAGCCCCAAUGAAUACCUGAAAUUAAGAACUCAGUAUGUGCAGCAGCAGAAAGAUGCAGGCCAUACUGUUUAUCCUCACAAAUUCCACGUGAGCACCUCAUUAGCUGAGUUUCUGGAGACAUACCAGACCUUGACACAGGAGAAGGAGGGCCAGGAAGAAGUGACUGUGUCUGGAAGAGUUCAUGCCAUUCGAGAGAGCAGCCAGAAGUUACGGUUCUACGAUCUUAGAGGAGAAAAUGUUAAGUUACAGGUAAUGGCUAACUUGAAAUUCUAUGAGAGUGAGGCUGCUUUCUAUGAGGACUGUGACAAAAUACGGCGAGGGGAUAUUUUAGGUGUGAAAGGUGUUGCUCUGAGAACCAAGACUGGGGAGCUGUCUAUUCGACCAACCAAGUUGCAGAUAUUGGCUCCCUGCCUUCACAUGCUUCCCCACCUCCACUUUGGUGUAAAAGAUCAGGAGACCAGGUACCGCCAGCGAUAUCUUGACCUUAUCAUCAACUCUGAUGUUCGUAAGAAGUUUAUAGUGCGUGCCAAUAUUGUGUCGUACCUACGUAAGUUCUUUGAUGACAUGGGUUUCUUGGAGGUUGAGACUCCUAUGAUGAGUUUAAUUGCUGGGGGAGCCACUGCCAAGCCCUUCAUUACUCACCACAAUGAGCUGAAUCAAGACUUGUACCUAAGAGUGGCCCCUGAGCUUUAUCUCAAGAUGCUCAUUGUGGGUGGCAUUGACAGGGUAUAUGAAAUAGGGAAGCAGUUCAGAAAUGAAGGCAUUGACCUGACCCACAAUCCAGAAUUUACAACUUUGGAGUUUUAUAUGGCCUAUGCAGAUUACAAUGACCUCAUGGAAAUCACCGAAAAGCUGCUGUCUGGCAUGGUGUAUCACAUUUUUGGGACGUACAAGGUGAAACUCCAACCUCAGGGACCAGAAGGUGAGGAGUGGGAAAUUGACUUUAAGCCUCCCUAUAAGAGAAUGCACAUGUUCCCGGAGCUAGAAAAGAUUCUCGGUACAAAACUGCCCGAACCUGACCAGCUCACUACAGAAGAAGCCCGCAAAUUCCUCAGUGAUCUGUGUGAGAAACACGAGGUGGAGUGUCCUCCUCCCCGUACCUCUGCUCGGCUUCUAGAUAAGUUGGUUGGUGAUUUUCUGGAGGAACAGUGCAUCAGCCCAACAUUUAUUAUGGACCAUCCACAAGUCAUGAGCCCCCUUGCCAAGUAUCAUCGUUCCAUUAAAGGACUUACUGAGAGGUUUGAACUCUUUGUAGCUAAGAAAGAGAUUGUUAAUGCAUAUACAGAGUUGAAUGAUCCACUGGACCAAAGGGCCAGAUUCAUGCAGCAAGCACAAGAUAAAAUGGCAGGUGAUGAUGAAGCCCAGAUGAUUGAUGAAAACUUCUGUACAGCUCUUGAGUACGGUCUGCCUCCCACUGGAGGCUUUGGAAUGGGCAUAGACAGGCUAAGCAUGUUCCUUACAAACUCAUAUAACAUCAAAGAAGUAUUGUUCUUCCCAGCCAUGAGACCAGAGCAACAGAAAAAGGCCUCUGAAGAUGAUAGCAACAAGGAGAACCAGCCCGUAUCAUAGUAUUUGCUUAGAAGUUGUCCUGCUACCAAAGUGUUACCGGUUGAAAAUUAUCUUGGGUGUCUUUGUUUUCUCUGAUCUGGACAUAUAGGUAUCUAGGAUCACUGCUUUAAAUUUGGGACUUGCAAAUUGUUACAUUGAGAGCCUUCAUUUUGGGGUUGGGGUGAUAUCUUUCAGAGGAAUGAUUAAAGUAAUUUUUACUUAAUGUCAUUUUACACCUAUGUGCAUCUUCCUGUCCAUUAAUUAUAUAUUAAUUUCUUCAAA